AGGCAUCGGGCCCCCAGGCGGAGCGGCGGGCGCCGGGCCCCCAGGCGGGGUGACAGGCAUCGGGCCCCCAGGCGGAGCGGCGGGCGCCGGACCCCCAGGCGGAGCAACAGGUCUCGGGCCCUCAAGCGGAUCGGCGGGCGCCGGACCCCCAGGCGGAGCGACAGGUCUCGGGCCCUCAGGCGGAGCGGCGGGCGCCGGACCCCCAGGCGGAGCGACAGGUCUCGGGCCCUCAGGCGGAGCGGCGGGCGCCGGACCCCCAGGCGGAGCGACAGGUCUCGGGCCCCCAGGCGGAGCGGCGGGUCUCGGGCCCUUAGGCGGAGCGGCGGGCGCCGACCCCCAGGCGGAGCGACGGGUCUUGGGCCCUCAGGCGGAGCGACGGGUCUCGGGCCCUCAGGCGGAGCGGCGGGCGCCGGACCCCCA